AUGAUACGUUUUAGCCGCUUUAUACGAUCAAAUCAAUAUCUAUUUUUCAUUUUUAUUAUUCUAUUCACUGUUUAUCCAUUUUUAUUUAUCGUUUAUAAUCAAUCUUUCGUUUCGUAUAAAUACAUAUUUUCGAAUACUCUCAAUGAAACCCGAUACGAACGAUUUUGUCGUCAAGUAUAUCAACGUAUCAAUACUGAACAAACAUCAAAUAUUCCUAUUCGACUUAAUUCUAAAGAUGAAUCUAUUCCAUAUUCAUAUUCUCAAUGGCGUUCAAGUUCGCUUAUACCUCGUGCACUUAAUCCAUGUGAACAUGCUCUUUAUAUGCAUCUUUUGUCAAUACUUAUUGAAAAAGUUUUUAAAAAAUAUAAUAUUCAAUACAUGAUGAUGGCUGGUACACUACUCGGUAGUUAUACACGUCAUGAUAUAUUACCAUGGGAUGAUGAUGUUGAUUUAAGUGUUUCAGUUGCGGAUCGUUAUCGUUUACAAUCAAAUAUUAUUAGAGAACUUUCAUUCGAACCCUAUUCAAUUAUUAUAAUGCAAUUACCUAAUAAACGUAAUUAUGAUAAGGUAUUUUUCAGCUGGUGUCCUCAUGCUGGUACAACACCAUGGCGUUUUCCUUUUAUCGAUAUAUUUUACCAUGAUGGAAAUUCAACACAUGUUUGGUUAUUAGGACGUCCAAGUAGUUGUCCUGUUCGUCUUGAAGAUGUAUUUCCUUUAGUACUUCGACCAUUAGGAUCAUUAUGGUUAUAUGCACCUCGAGAACCAAUGGCUCAUUUUGAAUCACGCAGAAUGAGAUAUAUUGAAACGGGCUGCUAUGUUUUUCGAUAUUCUCAUAAAUAUGAAAAAUUAUUGGCAGAUAAAAUUUUUUCUAUUGAAUGUUCCAAACUUAAAUCUGUUUAUCCAUAUGUUGAACGACAAUUACGUCCAAUUUCAUCACAGAAGCUAUUUUCAAUUCAAGAAACAUUAACUAUCUUAUGUAAUCAAUUUCCUCUUAUUUCUACAUUUAAUGAUUCAAAUUUCCAAUGUGCUCGUUUACGUAUAGAUGAAAGUAUUCCAACAACAGAUUUCGAUCUUGAUGGACCAACUCAAAUAAUUCUUUUUAUUAUUAUUGACCAAUCAUCAUCAUCAAAUUUAUCUCCCAUUAAUAUAAUUAUAAAUUUUACUCAAUCAUCCAAUUCACCAUCAUUAAUCAGUGAAAUACGUCUAGCUUUAUUAGUAACUAAUAUUAAUUUUACAAUAAAUAAUCAAACUACAACAACAUAUACUCCAUAUGAUAUACCUAUACUUCUUUGGGACAUUUCAACAGAAAAUACCUAUGAUCUUGUUGAUGUAUUUCACAUGGAAACUCAUCUAUAUGAAACUGAUGCAAGUUUAUGUCAAUGGCAUAUGAAUCGAUGGAAUCGUUUAUUCAAUGGAAAUAUGUCCAUUAAUGUUCCUUACGUUUAUUUUUUAAAAACAAAAAAUUCUCAAUUAAUAUUCACGCUUAUAGAUACAAGUAAUAAAUCAUCAUUAUCAUUACCACCAUCACCUUAUUUUAAUAUACUCUAUUGUUUUCCGUACAAAUUAGAAAUAACUGAAAAGAUACUUAUUAUCUGUUUUGGCAUUCUCUUUAUUAUCGUUCUUAUUGCUCUUAGUAUUUUACAUUAUUUAAAAGGUGGAGAAAAGGAUCGAGCUCGACAUUUUGAACGAUAUUGUAAUCUUGGAUCACAAAAUAAAUUUACUGAAGAUCAAUCCGAAGGUAUUCGACAACGUCCAAAUAUAGUCGUUUCAUCUGCUGAACAAGAUGAUUAA